UCCCAAACCCUCCUGAUGUUAUUCAGGACAUUUACAUAUUCUUUCCAUCUGCUAUACUUCUAAGUUACAAUUAAUAAAUUUACUAUGAUAUUACAAACAUACCUCAUUAAAAAAAAAAUCCAGGUCAUAGUUGCUAUACGGAGGGGUAAAAAUAAGUAUUUCGAUAAAUAUUACUUUCACAUAUAUAUGAAUAUCAUAAUUCAGCAAUAUGUUAAUUUAUGCAAAGUUACUUAUAAGUUACACAAUUCAAAUCAAAGUGGGAUACAGCUUGAUACUUUAUGUUCUUCUGAUUCUCAUGUCAUACUGCUUAAAUCCUGAAUUAUACUUGUCACUCGUGUAUUGUCCAUCAACAUGCCUCUUAUUAUGCUAUGUGGAUUUCCAUCAAGUGGAAAAACUAGAAGGAGUUUGGAACUAAAAGAAUACUUCGAAAAUGAAAAAAAUAAGACAGUUACCAUCGUGAGCGAGAAUGGUUUUCUCAAUAAGGAAAAAAAUGCUGUAUUUAGUGAUUCUAGACGUGAGAAGGACCUUAGAGGGGCUAUGAAGACAGAGGUAAUACGACUGUUGAAUAAAGAUGAUGUUACAAUAUUUGAUGCAGGGAAUUACAUCAAAGGCUACAGAUAUGAAUUGUAUUGUGCAACAAAACACAACAAAACACCCCAUUGUAUUGUUCACUGUUUGGUCCCAACUGAACAAGCUUGGUCAUGGAAUGAAAAUCGAGUUGAGGAUGAACAAUAUACCCGUGAGGUUUUUGAUGGCCUUGUCAUGAGAUAUGAGGAACCUAAUAGCAGCAAUAGGUGGGAUUCACCAAUGUUUACAGUUUUACCAGAAGAUAAGCCCCAAUUUGAAAGCAUAUUUGAGGCAGUAUAUCUACGUAAGCCUCCUCCUCCUAAUCAGUCCACACAAACACAGCCACUAUCAUCUACAAAUUUUCUUUUUGAGCUUGAUCGGACAACACAGGAAGUAACAGCAACAAUAAUGUCAGCCCAGAAAAUAGUAGGAGGAAGCGACAUCAAAAUCCCUGGAGUAACUGAACCCGUAAAUCUUGGAAGAACGUUGACACUGGCAGAAUUGACACGAGCAAGAAGACAGUUUAUAUCCUACACGAAGAUGCAUCCUGUGGAAGACACUGCAAAAUUGUCUACGCUUUUUGUUCAGUAUCUCAAUACUACUUUGGGGUGAUGCCUGGCUCUUAGAAUAGGUCCACUUUUGAGUUUCUCCCAAAUAUCUGGUGGUCAACAUCAACUGAUUUAUCCAGUUAUAUUUGAUAAUACUUUUUUUCAAUUGCAUCUUAUUCUAUUUUUGUAAAAAUCUUGUUUAUGAGGCAAUAAGCUUGUUAUGGAUUAGUAUACAAUUAAAUAUAAAGAAUAAAAUGUACUCAUAAAUUGUUAA